AUGGGGGAAAACGCGGUCGAAACCAGACCCCGAAGAUACCGCUUCCAAUACAAAAAGACGAACUGGGAAAAAUUCCAAGAAACAGCAGAGGUGAACUAUCAACGGAACAUCCCGGCCAACAGGAAUCUAUCUAACGAGGAAAUCGACGAUUGGCUACGUGACACGGAUAUAUACAUCAAAGAAGUCAUGGAGGAAACCAUACCUAGGAGUAAAACCCACAACAGCACGGACAAAUACAUGAACAAAAAAAUUGCAGGACUAAGGAAGGAUAAAGCCUACCUGAUUACACAGCUAAACCGACGACGUUCCGAGUACAACCCCGAACAAAUUAAAACAAUCAAGGCAACCAUAGGAUUAAUAAAAUACCAAAUAUCCAAGGAGUUCGCCAUAGCAACAAACAAAUUCUGGGCGCAAAAAGCAAGAGAUAUCGACCACAGAAAAACAGACAAAUUCUUCCCCACAAUUAACGCAAUGUUUAGGAAGAAAGAGGGGAUCGAAAUCAAGAACCUUACACUCUCAAACCAACAGACAGCAAUAAUCGAAAGAGCGGGGGCCCUCGAAACCGCGACGCGAGGAAAUGACGGGUCAUACCAAAUCCAUGACCCAACGAAGAAGCUGGAUGUGCUGGGAGCACACUUCGAGGCGGUCAACGCCCCGGCACUACUAAACGAAGGAUCUCGCCUUAAAGAAUUAGUAGACAGAAGAGUGGAAGAAUACAGACUGGAGGAUGUCCGCCACACUAGGACCACUGAGUUCUCGGACCAAAACCCAGCACACAGCCCACGAAUAACCGAGGAUGAGGAUGAGAACGAGUACGCACCCUUCGGCCACUGGGUAGAGAUACAGCGAAUCUGUAAAAAAAUGCCGAACAAGACUUCAGCGGGCCUCGACGACAUACCAGCAAUAGUCAUAAAACAUCUACCUCCAAAAAUCACAAAAACAUACACCAUAAUCUUCAACAACGCAAUCAACAACUGCUACUUCCCUACAGCCUGGAAGAAAACAAAGACUAUACCCAUUAAAAAAAAGGACAAGGACCUUAGCGCACCGGCUAGCUACAGACCGAUAAACCUUGCGCCCAACAUAAGCAAAGUGUUCGAGGUGCUAUUAAAGGGAACAAUAGAACAAAUAUGCAAGAAAAAAAAGAUAAUACCGAACAACCAAUACGGGUUCAGGUUCGGCCACUCAACGGAGCAUGCAAUAGUCAAAUUAAUUCAUGACGUACAUAGACAUCUAAACAUCAACGAAAUAGUAGCAGCAUGUCUAAUAGACAUUGAAAAAGCAUUCGACACCAUAUGGCACAAUGGACUCAUCUACAAAUUAAUCAAGAAAGGAUUUCCCACGAAGCUAAUAAGGAUGAUCGAUAACAUGAUCGAAGGACAGGAGUUCAUAGUUACAGACGGAAUCAGGUGCUCAGAAAACAACUUCAUAAUAAUCGAAGGCCUGCAGCAAGGUAGGGUGUCCUCGCCCACGCUCUUCAACAUAUACAAUGGCGGCAUAAAUAUGGCCGACCUUAACAACCUCAACAAUAGCUACUUAAUAGCAUUCGCAGAUGACGAAAUCAUAUACGUAGCAGGAAAAUCAACAAGAGAGGUACAAGAAAGACUACAAGAGCUAGUAGAAAAGAGGAACAAGCACCACAGGGCUUGGAACCUCAAAAUAAAUCCGACAAAAUGCGAAACAAUAAUCUUCCGGAAACCAUACGACAAAUUAAGCAAAAGAAUCAGAACAGGCCUCAAGGACUUUCACAUAUCCCUCUCAAACCCACACAAUAAUGACUCAACACGGAUACCACAUAGAAACAUUGUCAAAUACCUGGGAGUACACAUGGACCACCUACUAAGAAUGAACAAGCACGUGGACACACAACUAGAGAAAGCAAACAGAGCACUAUUAGCUCACAGCAACCUCUUCCACAACAAACACAUGCCGAAACGAGCGAAAGUAAUAUGCUACCAACUGCUGAUAAGACCAAUACUGACGUAUGCACCAUCGGCCUGGUGGAAUAUAUCCGCAUCCACGAUGGAGAAAUUGAGACGCUUCGAGAGGAGAUGCCUGCGAACAUGCCUUAGGAUGUACAGAUCACAGAAAUCAGAAUACAAACAUUUCAUCAGCAACCAGAAGCUCUUAAAUGCAGCAAACAUCCCGAGGAUUGAUAACCACAUUUUAAAAUUGAUUAGGAUGUUCCUAAUGAGAUCCAGAAGAUCCAGCAAUGAUCUCAUAGAAGAUAUAACGCUAUGCAGCGAAGAAUAUGCCGGAAAAUGCAUGAAGACCGGGUAUAUCCCAAUCGCCGCAUUUCCUCACAUAGAUACCAAGGGCCUCAUACAGAACGGGCAAAAUAUACCAAUUUUGUACCACAUGAGACGAAAUAGAGCGGACAAAACCAUCCCGCUCACCGAAACAAGUGCCCCAGGGCAAAGAAACCCAAUGAGAUUCAACACGAGCAUAGCAGAUGUGGACGUGAUUGACUUCCACCGGACGUCGAACGAAUUAUGGUGGAGAGCAGGCAACGCACAACAAAUGGAUGAAAUAAGGAGGAGAAAGAGAAUAAAGGAGGCACAGACCUAG